UCUCCACGAUGUCCAUCUGCUCCCUCCUGUUCGCCUUAAUGCUGUUCUCUGAGAUGAACAGCCACUUGGUCACAGUGGCCCUUCCUUCAGAAGAUGGCGCUGCAGAACAAGAAGGUUUGGACUCAUUUCUGGCUGAAGACGACGUGACUGAACACGCUUUGGUUCCUCUGACGUACCGACGGAGCCUCACAGAUGACGGGACGUCCAAAAUCAUCGUCAUACCGGACGUGAACCUGGUGGAGCAACGUAUUCGUGGGCUGAACCGGCGCCACCCUCUGGUCGCAGAGCGAAGUUCGGACCGCACACCUGAUGAGUUCACUUUGAAAAUAAAUAAACGAGAAAAAGACCUCGACAUGCUGCGAUGUAUGAUCGGAAGAGUUUACCGACCCUGUUGGGAAGCUUGAGUGUUUCUCAAAUAUACGACAUAAAGUCCACCGUAAACAUGUAAAACAUCAACAGUUUAU